CUUUGGAUAGCCAGUUCAGACCUGUUCAGGAGACAGUAAUAUCCCCAAAUCAUCAUUAAGGACCCAGAGCAAAAUCAGAUCUUCCAGUGGUUGGAUGUAUCAUCUAUGCAUGGCAUUAUCCAGCUUUCAUUCCCAUUAAUCGAGGAGCCAAUUCUGGGGUCCUAUCAUAUCAUUGUGGAGAAGAAGUCAGGGGAUAAGGAGCAUGAAUACUUCACAGUGGAGGAAUAUGUUCUGCCAAAGUUUGAAGUGACAACUAGCAUGCCCAGGAGGAUCUCUUUCUUUGAUGAAGAAAUCAGGAUGAAUGUUUGUGCCUUGUACACUUACGGCCAACCAGUGCAGGGGAUUGCCCGAAUCAAUGUGUGUCAGCAACACUUUCAUAAUCCACGAUGUCAGCAAAGCCAGAAACCAACCUGUGAAGCUGUCACUGGAUUGCUGGAAAACAAUGGUUGUCUCAGCACUGUUGUCUCCACCAAAACUUUUCAGUUGUACCGCAGCUAUACCAGGAUGUAUGCCAGCUUAAACAUAGAAACCAUCAUCACUGAAAAUGGGACAGGUGUCCAGAUGAAAAACUACGACUAUGUAGCAGUCAGCCAAGAAAAUGACAGAGUGAUGUUCAGGAACAUGGAUCAGUACUACAGGAGGGGAAUUCCUUACUUUGGUGAGAUCACUGUGACAAAUGCAGAUGGCAAGCCUGUUGCCAAUAGGGUUGUUGUGCUAGAGGUCAAUGGAGAAUACCAGGCCAACUAUACCACUGAUGAGAAUGGCACGGCAGCCUUUUCCCUUGACACAUCCAACUUCUUUAAUCCCAGUGUUAAACUGAGAGCCACACAAGCACCAGAUGACUGUGCAGAUUUCUUUAUGUGGAGAAAUGAUCAUGAGUCCCAAGCCUUAUUCUUUGUCCAUCGUUUCUACUCACGGACCAACAGCUUUGUGAGAAUUGAGCCAGUGAAGGAGAAACUAAGCUGUGGCCAGCAGAGAAUGAUUAAUAUUCAGUAUGUCCUGAGUAGAAAGGGCUACAAAAAUGCCACCCACACAGACUUCUACUAUGUGGUGAUGGCAAAGGGAAAAAUUGUUCUCAGCGGACAAAAGCAAGUGAGAAUCACUCAUGCUCCCUGGGGUACUUUUGCCAUUACACUGACUGUCACUGAGAAGCUCGCCCCCAGUGCCAGAUUGUUGCUCUAUACGGUCCAUCCUAAUGGAGAGAUAGUGGCUGACAGCUCUUGGAUACACAGUGAUAUAUGCUUCAAAAACAAGCUCCAGUUUGAGUUCUCCGAGAAGCAGGCUCUCCCAGGCUCUAAAAUCAACAUCCGCCUUGAAGCUGCUGCCAACUCCUAUUGUGCCUUGCGAGCUGUAGAUCAGAGUGUCUUCCUUCUUCAGCCUGAGCGAGAGCUAUCUGCUGAGAGCGUGUACUACCGGCUUCAUUUGAGUGAUUUGUAUGGCUAUUAUUACAAUGGACUCAACCUGCAAGACGACCAGCCAGAGGAAUGUACCCCAGUCAAAACCACUUUUUUUGAAGGCUUGUACUAUGAACCUGUCAAUGUCAGCCAUGAUGGUGAUGUCUACAGGAUUUUCAUGGAGAUGGGCCUGAAGGUCUUCACCAACUCCAUGCUACGGAAGCCAGUUCUGUGCAAUGAAGACAAGUUGGAUCAGGAAGAUAAUCCUAUCUAUUUGGAUCAUAGUGCCAGUGGUGGCAGUGCCUUUGGCAAAGAACUUUCAAAGAUUACUGCUGCUGGUGCUGUUCACACUGUUAGGAAAUACUUUCCUGAGACCUGGAUUUGGGAUCUGGUUCACACAAAUUCUACUGGAGAAGCUAAUAUCUGCUACACCAUCCCUGAUACUAUCACAGAAUGGAAAGCCAGUGCUUUCUGUUUGCAGGAUGAUGCUGGGUUUGGCAUCUCCUCACCUGUUUCACUGACAGCAUUUCAGCCAUUCUUUGUGGAUCUUGCCUUGCCAUACUCCGUCAUUCGAGGGGAAAGAAUUAAUUUAAUAGCCAACAUCUUCAACUACCUUGACAAGUGCAUCCAGAUCAGUGCCAUACUGGCAGAGUCAAGUGACUACAAGGUGGAAGUCCUUUCACCAGAAGUAAACACAGCAAGGGUGUGUGCCAAUGAAAGAAAAACUUAUAUUUGGGCUGCUAGGCUCCUCAGUCUUGGCGAGGUGAAAUUCACAAUUACUGCUGAAGCCAAACUGAAUACUAAAGCUGCCAAAAAUAGCACACCAGCAGAAGAGGAGACAAUUCGCACGGACACCCUGACUCAAAUGCUACUAGUUGAGCCUGAAGGUGUUAAAAAAGAAUUGACUCAGAGCUCCCUCAUCUGUACAAAAGGCACAACAGUUUCUGAGCCAGUGCUUCUCAACCUGCCAACAAAUGUAGUGCAGGGAUCAGCCAGAGUUUAUUUUUCUGUCAUUGGAGACAUUUUGGGUACAGCCUUAAGGAACAUGGAAAACCUCCUCCAUAUGCCUUAUGGCUGUGGAGAACAGAACAUGGCCUUGUUCACACCCAACAUCUAUGUCCUGGAUUAUCUGAAUAAGACUGGGCAGCUGACUGAAGAGAUUAGAGUCAAGAGUACUGGAUAUUUAACCACAGGAUACCAGAAACAGCUGUCAUACAAACACCAGGAUGGCUCCUACAGCUCCUUUGGGACACGAGACAAGGAAGGAAAUGUGUGGCUCACUGCCUUUGUAUACAAGUCAUUUGCACAAGCAAGACGGUACAUCUACAUUGAUGAAAACGUCCAGUCUCAAACUCUGAUCUGGCUGGCAAGAAAGCAGAAGGCAGAUGGCUGCUUUGAAAAUGCUGAGUCACACUUCAACAAUGCUUUGAAGGGUGGUGAAGAAGGUGAAUACUCACUUACAGCAUACAUUGUGGCAGCAUUGCUGGAGGCUGGACACUCUGUUCAGCAUCCUGUGGUUUGGAAUGGCAUGAACUGUUUGGAGACUGCAUUUAGCAAUGGGGUCCACAACCUGUAUAACCAUGCCCUCUUUGCCUACGUUUAUGGCUUAGCUGACAAACAGGAAAGGUACCAAUACUUUCUUGAAAUGUUGGACGAAAGAGCUACAAAAAAAGGUGGUUCAGUUUACUGGCAGAGAGAAAAUAAGCCACCAACAGAACAUUUCCAUGCUUUCUAUUCCCGUGCUCCUUCUGCUGAGAUUGAAAUGACCAGCUAUGUGCUUCUGGCUAUGCUCAACAAAGCUGAACUCACAUCAGAUGACUUAUCAUACAUAUCUCGCAUUGUGUACUGGCUUGUGAAACAACAGAACCCAUAUGGGGGUUUCUCCUCCAGCCAGGACACUGUUGUUGCCCUCCAAGCUUUAGCCCAGUAUGGAUACCUCACCUUCACUAAGGAAAGUCAUAAUACAAUCAAGGUCAUCUUCAUGGAAAUCCCCAAGACGGCUUUUCAGGUGAAUGACAAGAACCGCUUCUUACUGCAGCAAACUUCUCUACCCAUUGUUCCAGGGAAUUACAGUGUGGAAGUGUAUGGCACUGGCUGUGUCUAUAUGCAGACAACCCUGAGAUACAACAUCCAUUUACCAAAGAAAGCUGCAGGAUUUUUUCUCUCUGUAGAGUCAGCCAAUGUGUCCUGCACAAGCAACUUCCCACCGAAGUUUGACCUUGUCUUCUCUGCCAGUUACACAGGAAAUCGUAAUGUCUCUAACAUGGCUAUUAUUGAUGUGAAGAUGCUCUCAGGAUUUAAUCCCGAUAGAACUUCCCUGAAAAAGCUUCAAUACCAACCUUCUGUUGUGGAUCAUGUAGACAUCAAGAAUGACCACAUCUUCUUCUACCUUCAAAAGCUCUCCCAGAAAGAAGUCAACUUCUCCUUCAGUGUAGAACAAAGUCUGCCUGUGUCAGAUAUCAAGCCAGCACCAGUACAUAUUUAUGAUUACUACGAAACAGAUGAAUAUGCCUUUGCAGAAUAUAAAACACCUUGCUCCCCACCUUCUAACUGAAAUCAGAUAUGUGCCAGAAGUAAUGGGAUAGAAGAUAUCAGGCAAACAUUUGUAGAGGAAGAAGAUAAGAGACUUGGUUGCUUCUGAUGAGGGCAAUGGAAAGCAUGUAGAGGAAUAAAGAAUAAGCAAAUCCCAACUUUCAGUCUUUUAAAAUGACUUGUACUGGCCCAGGCACCAAAACAAAAACAAAAACAAAAACAAAACAAAACAAAAAAACAAAACAAACAAACAAACAAAAAACACCUUUGGAUCAGUGUGGAUCAGAAACUCUAAAUAAUGUGGGUUUCCUAAUAGGAGAGGAUCUGUGCAGCCAUUCACCUUUUUGGAAAUACAUGCCAUAAUUUCAGUGGCAGCUUUAUGUAGAAGAAAACUCCUGAAACAUGCAUUCUUGGCCACAGAUUCCUCUUAAGAAACCUAACAUUUGGAGAAAAAUCUGCUUCUGCUGUGGUUUUUUUUGUUUGUUUGUUUGUUUUGUUUUCUUUUUCUAUUCAUCCUGUGGAAAGACUCAAGAAAUGACAUUGAUUUCCACAUUUUUCUGUGAUUGAACUUGGGGAGUAUUUCUUGCAGAUGUUAAAUUUCUGGUCACAGGAAGACAACUUUUAUGCAGUUUUUGCUUCCAACUAGAAAGAUCAUCUCCAGUUUAAUAUCUCAUAUUUUACUGUUCCUUGAAAUAAAAUGUUCUGAUUGGUAAUACUGUUUUUCUCAGCCAUCACUCUUUGUUGUGUGGGUGAUAUACGAUUUUUCAUUCAAUAAAAACUCACACCAUUCGUAGGCCAACCGUUGACAUCUUGACACCAGUGACAUCUUGUGACACAAUUUAUCGAGGCUUUCGCUUCUGUGAUGGAAACUUUAUUGCCAAGGCAUGAUAGUGUAGAAGAAAACAGAGAUGCAACACAGGAAGUCUUUUGAGAAUGUUUUAGGGAGGAACAGUGAAUUUGUGUUUGGAGAGAGAAAAACGAGAGCCACAGGGAGCUUAAGAUGAGGCAGGGGUGAACUACAAGAGAUUUCCUGUCAUGUUUUCUUCAUUUAAUGAAUGAGUACAGCAGACAGCCACACAAUGUGGCUACUGCCCCUCACUGUCUACGGUAACCAGAAAUGACCUUUGUCCUGACUAUCCCACACUGGUGAAAGGACAUAGCAUAUCCAUAACAAUGUGAGUAUAAAUCUGCCAGUUGAAUUAUAUCACUGAAUUAUACCACAGGGUGCCAAACACUGACUUGCUGAAUGCAGUUUUCUGCAAGUCCAGACCUGUGAUAGGGUUUGUGUCCUCCAGCAUGGGCUGGGUUAUUACAGCUUUCUUUGAUUUAGUCCAUGUUUGUCCAACCUUUUGACUUGCCUGGGCCACAUAUAAAAUAUAUAAUAAACUUAACGUAUAUAAGUAAUAAAACUUAUUUGUUAAUGUCAUUUUAAUUAAAAUAUAUAAACAGGGAGGAAAAAAACAUGAAAUUAGUGGGAUGUUUGACCUUGUUUUUGUGAAACUAAUGCGUCAGGCUGGUUUGAUGGCAGUGCUUGCCGUAUCUAGUGAGUUCUUAAGGUGUUUGUCAGAGAUUUUUGAGGAACUAUUGCUCUUCCCAUUCUUCAUCCUUGACAACAAUUCUUCUCAAAUGUAUAUACUGCCAAAUAUGAUGACGUGAAUAAGGUGUGACUGUGAAGCAAGGGGUAUAUUUUUUUCUGGUAAGACAGAGAUUAUGAAAGUCUGGUAAAGAAAUAUGACCAAAUUUUUAUUGAGUUGAAUGUCUGAUUGCAACUCUGUACAUUCCAUGUGUAAAUUUACAAGUAUGUGUUUAUGUUGACUGAAAAUGGAGUUCCAAAUAUUAAAAAAAAAAAAAGACUAUUUUUGAAAUCUUAAAACCUAUUCUGAAAUUUCCUUGUCAAAGCAGAAAGCACAGCUAUGUAUUUUUCACUGUUUGCAGGACUGUGUUCAGCCAAUGCAUGAAAUUGUUUGCCAUAACUUGACCUUGCCAUUAUUUAAUUUCAAACACUGUUAUAGUCUGAAAUAUAGCACAGAUAAGGUGAUUUUUACCUUGAAGACUCUUGUUUAAUUCAUUUAAAUGAGCAGUCAAAUCCACCAAAAAUGCUAAAUCUGUAAGCUAUUUUUAACCUUCACAUUCUGGCACAAAUUUUCCUUUUGGUUUCAUAAAGGACUUGAUGUCACUUUGCAUAGUUUUUUUUCUAGCAUUUUAUACUGACUUAACCACCUUCCUUCAGAAAAGUAAAUGAUGACCCCCAAAUCAGAAUUCAAACUUAUAAGGAACGCUUAGAGUUGGUGAUGAUUCCAUUCCUUUGACUUCGUGAAAUUCGCAGCUGCGAUGACUAUUUGCAUGACAUUAUCCGUUGUUAAAGAUUUUGGACAUAAAUUUUCCUGAUGUCAGAUGCAGUGAUAUUUCGUCAAACAAGAGCUACCAGUGCUAACUGCAUCAUCUUCUAUUGAUUUUAUAAAUCUCUCUUUUUUUCACCAAUCAUUACCACAGCACCAUCAGUAGCUAUACCAGAUACAUUGACAAAGGUUAAAGGAAAUUGUUUUACUUUACUUUUUUACUGCUUCAUACAAUUCAAGGGAUUCAGUUGUGUUCUUCAGUGGCACCAAAGAAACCAUUUCUUCAGUGACACUGUAUUUAUUAUCAAUAUCUCUAAUGAAAAUGGCAAGUUGAGCCAUAGCUGUAGCAUCUAUCUAGAGAUGAAAGCAUCUGUCACCAAAGCAUAAAAUUUGGAAUUAGCAGCUUUAGUCUCCAAUUCUUUUUUUCAAUAGAUUGUCCUGUUUUUUCUCAGUGUGCCUGACUUAUACUCUGGCUAGACAAACUGAUUCUAGAAAAAUCUGUUUGUUUUUGUUUUGUUUUUAUCAGGACACAUUACACCUGUUGUACUUUCCAAUACAUUGUUUAACAAAUUCACCAUAAGGAAAUAGUGGGUUUUUGUUUGUUUGUUUGUUUGUUUU